AUGACAUUAAAAAGUAAAGCUAUAGAAAUGGAGGGUAGUAUGGGCUUCAUGAAUGAGAAGUUUGAACAAAUAAUGAAAGACAAUACUGAGCUACAUAAAACUAUGAAAGAGACAUAUGUCAAAACAAAACAGAUCGAAGGCAUUACAAAAGCGUUAGACAGUGAAAUUGCUGAAAUGCGACUGAAUUAUGACGAGUUAAAAGAAAGACAUCUUGAUCUGCAGUCACGAUCGAUGCGUGAAAACUUGAUUUUUACAGGCAUUCCUGAAACGGGACCAGAUGAAAACACAGAGCUGUUGUUAAUAACAUUUAUUCAAAAAGAUAUGGAGAUAGAGCAGCCGAUAAGUUUUGAACGCGUACAUAGGUUUGGGAAAAGAGGUUACUCCGGACACAGACCUAUUGUGGCCAAAUUUUCUAAAUUUAAAGAUCGUGAAAUGGUCCGAAAAGCUGCCCCCACAAAACUGAAAGGGAAAGUGUUUGGUGUGAACGAACAAUUUCCUAAAGAGAUAAAUGACAGAAGGAAAGAAUUAUAUCCCUACUAUAAACAGACAAAAAGGGCCGGGAAAAGGGCAUCAUUAGUGUAUGACAAACUGUAUAUAGACGGAACAUUGUUUAAAAAAGACGCACGAAACACAACGCACGAACAGAUGGACGCGACAGGUGGACAGGACCAACAAACACGGGGACUCAGAACAGAGAAACGAACCACGCCACCCCGUACUACCACGAACUCAACUCAGCAGAACAACUCGCCAAGCCGACGCUAG